AUGGAUACAGAUUCUGUAACUCAACCCAACAAACUGAAUAAUACAGAUUCAUAUAAGAUUUAUAAAGGUUUAUCUUCCGUCCUUGUUGUUCAAGUUAGUCUGAUACUUUCAGUGGAUUGUGCAGAUCUAGAUUAUAUUUCGGAUGUUCCACGUAAACAGGUUAGCAAUUGGAGAGAAUGGCAGGCAUUGCAGGAUCUUAAGUCACUUCUUUCUGAAGAGGUCCUUAAUGUUAUUGUAUCCAGCACGAAUGAUUUGGGACCUUUCAGUCUUGACAAUCUCAGAAAGAAUUUGUCUGCUUCAUGGAGAGUUGUUGGAUUAGAAACUUCAAACAGUACACAUGAGCUAAACCAACCAACACAUGUUAGACAAGAAAAGCCAAAGAUGAAGGAUGGAAGGUCUUCAGAUGGUAUUCCUUUGUGGACUGAUAGUCCUGCACAUGAAACCCGAAGGCAUUUAAUAGAGAAGAGGCGGGAAAAGCGUGCUGCUGAGUUGGUAAAAAAGGAUAAUGUAGUAAUUGUAAAACUUGAAAACGCAGCUAUUGAACGCUCAAAAUAUGUUGAGUCAGCUGUUCUGGGGAAAUACAGCCUUUGGAGGAAAGAAAUUGAGAAUGAAAAUGGUGAUUCUACCGUUCGGUUGAUGCGAGACCAGAUCAUUAUGGCUAGGGUAUAUUUAAGCAUUGCAAGGAUGAAGAACAAGGUCGAACUUUAUCAAGAACUAAUUUUCCGGCUCAAAGAGAGUCAACGUGCCUUGGGUGACAUAGUUUCUGAUGCGGAUCUACAUCACAGUGCACAUGGGAAAAUAAAGGCUAUGGGUCAAAUUUUGUCAAAAGCAAGGGAGCUAUUGUAUGACUGCAAAUUGGUCACUGGAAAACUAAGAGCAAUGCUACAGACAGCUGAUGAUCGAGUUAGGAGUUUGAAGAAACAGAGCACAUUUCUCAGUCAGUUGGCUGCUAAGACCAUACCAAACGGAAUCCAUUGCUUAUCCAUGCGCCUUACCAUAGAUUACUACCUCCUUCCUCCUGAAAAGAGAAUGUUCCCUCGAAGUGAGAAUUUGGAGAAUCCCAGUCUUUAUCACUAUGCACUGUUUUCAGACAAUGUCUUGGCUGCCUCUGUUGUUGUCAACUCAACUAUUACGAAUGCAAAGGAUCCUUCAAAGCAUGUUUUUCACAUUGUUACUGAUAAACUAAAUUUUGGUGCCAUGAACAUGUGGUUUCUAUUGAACCCUCCUGGAAAAGCUACAGUCCAUGUUGAAAAUGUUGAUGAGUUUAAGUGGUUGAACUCGUCCUACUGCCCAGUCUUGCGGCAGCUCGAAUCUUCUACAAUGAAAGAGUAUUAUUUCAAAGCAGGCCAUCCAAACACACUUUCUUUCGGUGCUUCCAAUCUUAAGUAUAGGAAUCCAAAAUAUCUCUCAAUGCUCAACCAUCUGAGAUUCUAUCUUCCUCAGGUUUAUCCAAAGUUGGAUAAAAUUUUAUUUCUUGAUGAUGACAUUGUUGUUCAGAAGGAUUUGACUGGAUUAUGGGAUGUGGAUCUUAAUGGGAAAGUAAAUGGUGCUGUUGAAACGUGUGGUCAGAGCUUUCAUAGAUUUGACAAAUACCUUAACUUCUCUAAUCCGCAUAUUGCAAGAAAUUUUGAUCCAAAUGCCUGUGGUUGGGCAUACGGGAUGAACGUAUUUGAUCUAAAGGAGUGGAAAAAGAAGGACAUCACCGGUAUAUAUCACAAGUGGCAGAAUAUGAAUGAAGACAGGGUGCUGUGGAAGCUGGGGACAUUACCUCCAGGGCUAAUAACGUUCUAUGGGUUGACACAUCCGCUAGAUAAAUCAUGGCAUGUACUUGGUUUGGGUUAUAAUCCAAGUGUGGAUCGAUCAGAGAUUGAUAAUGCAGCAGUUGUACACUACAAUGGUAAUAUGAAGCCAUGGUUAGAAAUUGCCAUGACAAAGUAUCGGUCUUACUGGAUCAAAUAUGUCAAGUACAGUCAUCCCUAUCUUCGGACCUGUAAGCUAAAUGAAUAAACCCUUCAUAAUUUGGUCCCAAAUACAGAGAACAAUUCUCUCUAUUUUCUCCAGCCUUCCCUACUUUCUCUCACUUUUCUGGCUUUGCUAUUUCAUCUGCUAGAAUGAUGAUACAUGUCUUAGAGCAUAGGAUGGGUAGGGUAAGCUCGUGUUAUAUAUUUGUCCCCGUCAUCGAUUUUUUCUAUCAAUUCAUUUAAAUUGUUCACUAAACUCACCCAUUCGAAACAAGGUACAGAAGUAGUGCACCUUGUUUACCAUAAAAACUCCUCAUUGUACCAUACUCUGGUUCUUGGAUAGGACUAGAAAUCAAACAUCACAUUUCUGUAUUCUUUGGAACUUAAUUUCUUCUGUUUUAAGGGUUUAUUUCUAUGUAUAGAUGUUUUUAAACUCUCAAAUCAUGGACUUUUCA